ACUUCAUAUAUCCCUCCCUCCUUUCUUAAUAAUUUAUUAAUAUUAAUUACUUUUUAUGCUUGAAAAUUUGUCUCAACUGUUGUAGAUAGUCUAUUAUUAACGAAAUUGUCGAUAGAAGUGAUAUAUUCUUUUGCAAAGCAAAGUUAUGUUAUUAUGAAUUAAAAUUAGUCAAUUAUUGUACUUUUUAAUAUCUAUUCCAAGGUAUUUACGUUUAUUUGCAAAUGCGAAGUGCAUUAUCGCUUGAUUAACCGCGACAGAUAUAUAAAUAUCUCGAAGUUAGUCACUUUGCGUGUCUUUUUGAAAAAAUCAUAACCUUGACAGAAAGGAAUAGAAUAGGUUGAAAUUUGAAAAUAUCACCCCAAGUAUCCCAUUAUACAAGGAAAUGAAACGAUUCAUUCUUCCCGUGUAUUAAAUCAAUACACCAGGUUUCCGUAGCAUAUCUACGGGCAACUGCUUAAAUCACGGAAAUAUAUAUUUUACUGUUCACGAACGUGCAAGUCAAAUAUACCUUAUAUAUUCAAGUGUACUUUUAAAAUUCAAGUUGUAGCAAACUAAUAUACGUUCGUAUUGUAAUGUGUGUUUAACUGUAUUUAAUUUUGUGAUUCUAUUUGAUAAAAUGUCUCUUUGUGAACAUGAUUGUACAGUUGAAACCACACAGAAUGAUUUACAACAAGCUGCGGACACGCAAUUAUGCCCUGCGAUGGAACACAGAAAUGAUUGCGGAGAUAAUGUCGAAAAACCUCCACCCUACUUUCCUCAGCUCGAAGAUGAAUAUCCGCCAAAGCCUGAAGACUCAAUGGAAUCGCCUGGUCCUUGGGCAACGGGCAGAGUAACCCGUUCUUUAAAAAGUGGGAUUACAGGUUUGAGACCUGUUGCAGAUCGAUAUUCCAUCACUCGCUAUGGACCGAGUGAAUGGCGAGCGCAUAAUUUGAGUAUCUUUCAGCACUCAAAUGAGAAAAUCUGUGAUGCUCAAAUCACAGCCACUAACGCAAAACAAUGCGUGAGCCAAAUGUAUGCAGAAGCCGAUAAAUCGCAAUUAGAGACUACGGAACAUUUAAAGACACGGGCCAAAGUAGUAUAUCGUUGGAAGGCAGAAUUAGAAUAUGCGAUUACUAUCAUCGUGGAAGAGAUAAGAUUGUUGGAGGCUGAACAUCGUCGUGUAGAGCGAUCUUUGUCGAUAUUAACCAUACCUACAUCUAUUGCAAGUGAAUUUCUCCAAUUACGUUCUUCUCGUUUGGAAUCAGAUCUUGUUCGUGAUGAUGUCGAAGAGCAACUUACGAAGGAAAUAGCUCUUUGUUCUAAAGUACGAGAUUUGCUAAAUAAAACUCAUCAGCAAAUUGAGAUACAAAUGGUCGAAUUAAAAACUGUCAAAGCGCGGAUGGAAAGUGAUUGGUCUGAUAAAAUUCAUACUUACAAUAUAGAUUCCGUAUGUGUGAAUUUAUCAAAUGAUUCUCCACUUCUGUUAUGGAAAGCUGGAGCUACGAGAUUUCCGGCCGAUCAAUCAACUCCUACGAGUUAUGAGAACUUUACGCAAGAAACACUAGCUGCCGCCGAGACUGCUAGACAAAAAUCAAUCAACCUUAGAUCAACUUUGAACAGAAUAUAUGUUAAUUCCAUUAAAGAUUUACGUAAUCAAGCAACACAUGUUGACAUUGCACUCGCAGAAAACGUGAAACUUACACAAGAUUGUCUUCGGCAAUUAGAAACGGAAUUACUUCGUUGCUUGGAUGAAUUGGCAAGCACAGAAAAACUGAUUCAGGAAUUACGAGUUUCCACAAAAGGGUUGAAUAAUGCCAUGAAAUUAGCACAAACAAGAUUGGAUAAUAGAAUGAAUCGAUGCAAUGUUGAAAGUUGUCGAGAUACACCUCAAUUUGCCCUUAUUGAAGAAGUAAAAUCUCUUGAAGAACGCACCUCUACUAUAUUGGCAGAAUUAAAACAUGCUGAGGAAUCUCAAGCAGAAUUAGUCAAGGCAAGAGAAGCAAAGCGAAUAUCUACAAAACAUAACCCGGUGCAAGAAACAGCGGAUAUAGCGCAGGAGGAGGAAAGAAAGGAUGUAAAUUUGGAAGUUCUCGAAGAUGUUGAGGAAGCAAGUCAGCAACCAGUGUAUCAAAUUCGGCCACAUCUAUAUGAAAAGUUUAAACCUCUAAGCGCAAAAGAGAUAAUACAUGAUGUAUUGUUUGAUCAACUUGCCACAAAGUCAUACGAUGCUCAGGCAGCUGCUCAGUGGACCAAAGAUAUAGCAGAUAUUAUUGAAAGAAGAAUAAAAGAAUUACAGUUUAAAAGAUAUAAAUAUAUUGUCAAUGUGGUUUUGGGCCAACAGCAUGGUGCUGGUGUAAAAGUAGGUACAAGAUGCAUUUGGGAUGCAGAAGCUGAUACAUAUGCUUACGAUAGUUUUAUCAAUGAUACUAUAUUCUGCGUGGCCAUAGUGUAUGCAAUUUAUUUUUAUUAAGACUUUUCAUGGAAAAAAUAUGGAUAAAGCGCAUGAAAGAAAAAAUAUUCUUUAG